UGUCGCCACUUCCACGCAAAUACAACGAAGCGCAGCUGAAUUUCAAUUAGCUCAAUACAAGUCAGUUUGAACGACAGUGAAUCGGAAUCGAGAGACGGAGCCAGGAAAGGAAAGGAGGGGAGGGGGUUGAAGAGCACGAAAAGAAAGCUGGAAACGGGGGGAUAAGCACACAGAGGAGGGGAGAGAAAGCGUGAAGUGACAUCACAUUUCCCAGCUCCUCGUUCCUCUCCUCUUUGCUCCACUUCUCGCCGAGGAGGCGCGCUCACAGUUCGCUAUUUUCUUUACGUCGCAAGUAAAGAAAAAAAAGAAAAGGAGGGGAGGGCUGGACUGAAGGAGCAGGAAAAACUGAAACCAUGAACAACACUUUCCUAAACAUGGCGUCGAUAGGCGACUUCGACCCGCUGAACUCGUCUAUUCCUGCCACCAAAGUUGAAAUCACGGUGUCCUGCAGAAAUCUGCUGGACAUGGACACCUUCUCCAAAUCAGACCCAAUUUGUGUUCUCUACGCUCAAGGCAUGGGCAACAAGGAGUGGAGAGAGUUUGGGAGAACGGAGGUGAUUGACAACACGCUAAACCCAGACUUUGUGAGGAAAUUCAUGCUGGACUACUUCUUUGAAGAGAGACAGAAUCUCAGAUUUGACUUGUACGAUGUUGACUCAAAGAGUGCCAACCUGCAGAAACACGACUUCCUGGGCCAGGCCUACUGCACCCUGGGAGAGGUGGUUGGAUCGCUGGGCAGUCGCUUGGAAAAGCCUCUUGGAGGCAUUCAAGGGAAGAAAUGCGGGACCAUUAUCGUGAAAGCCGAGGAGUUGAACAACUGCAGGGAAUCGGUGAUGAUGCAGUUCUGUGGGACCAAGUUGGACAAAAAGGAUUUCUUUGGCAAGUCGGAUCCGUUCCUGGUUUUCUACAGGAGCAACGAAGACGGCACGUUUACCAUCUGCCACAAGACCGAGGUGGUGAAGAACACGCUGAACCCUGUGUGGCAAGCCUUUAAGAUCCCUGUGAGAGCUCUCUGCAACGGAGAUUACGACAGAACAAUCAAGGUCGAUGUUUACGACUGGGACCGAGACGGCAGCCAUGACUAUAUUGGAGAGUUCAGCACCAGCUACAGAGAGCUCUCUAUAGGACAGAGCCAGUUCAAUAUCUAUGAGGUGAUAAAUCCCAAGAAAAAAGGAAAGAAAAAAAACUACAAAAACUCUGGAACGGUAACGCUGCUGUCCUUCCUCGUAGACGUCGAAGUCACCUUCCUGGACUACAUCAAAGGAGGGACCCAGAUCAACUUCACGGUGGCCAUUGAUUUCACAGCUUCCAACGGAAACCCAGCCCAGCCCACCUCUCUCCACUACAUGAGCCCAUACCAGCUGAACGCCUACGCCAUGGCCCUGAAGGCGGUCGGCGAGAUCAUUCAGGACUACGACAGCGACAAGAUGUUCCCCGCGCUGGGCUUUGGAGCCAAGCUGCCGCCGGACGGACGGGUGUCCCAUGAGUUUGCCCUGAACGGUAACCCUCAGAACCCAUACUGCGCAGGCAUUGACGGCGUAAUGGAGGCCUACUACCAGAGUCUGAAGUCCGUUCAGCUCUACGGACCCACCAACUUCUCCCCCGUCAUCAACCACGUCGCCAGAUAUGCUUCUUCUGUGAAGGACGGUUCUCAGUACUUUGUGCUCCUCAUCAUCACCGACGGCGUUAUCUCGGACAUGGCCCAAACGAAGGAGUCGAUUGUCAAUGCUUCAUGUCUCCCAAUGUCAAUUAUUAUUGUGGGAGUCGGUCCAGCAGAAUUUGAUGCCAUGGUUGAGUUGGAUGGCGAUGAAGUCAGAAUCUCAUCCAGGGGAAGAUUUGCAGAGAGAGACAUUGUUCAGUUUGUUCCAUUCAGAGACUACAUCGACAGAAGCGGGAACCACAUUCUAAGCAUGGCCCGGCUCGCGAAAGACGUCCUGGCCGAGAUCCCGGACCAGUUCCUUUCCUACAUGCGGACCCGGGGGAUAAAGCCUUCGCCGGCGCCGCCUCCCUACACGCCGCCGGGGCAGCCCGUCCAAACCCAGAUAUAAGGAGCGGUAGAGAGUCAAAAGUCUUACAGUCAGGUGUUCUCCGAACUUAGCGCGCAAAAUACUUCCGUCUCCUUAAAGCCGCUCUCUAUGCUUUGCCGUCAUGGAUGGCCCGGGAGGGGGAAGAGGGUUUUCUCGCGGUCAGGAAGCUGCAUGUCAGGCCCAAAAGGUGCUUCAGAAGGAAAACGCAGCAGGAGUCUGUUUACUUCCACUAUCGAGCAUUCCUGUAAUUGUCUGGAUUUUGAUAGGAUGUUUAUUGUUUUUCUUCUAUCGUGUGGGUGUGAGUGCGAGUGAAAACCUAGAAUAGCUCCGGAGAGAGCCGAUAGAUUCAAACUGUGCGGAGAAAAGAGAAGCAAAAACGUGAAGAAGUUGAUGAUCUGGAUUUUAGCCUGGAAAAAAUGUGAAGAGAAUGUCUCCAGACCAAAAAAAGAAGUCAUUUAAUCUUCUGUAAGAAAAAAAAGGAAAUAUGUAUUUUCUCUUUCUCUUUUCUCUCUCUGACUCAUUGUUUACAGUAAAUGCUAGCGAGGAUUUUUACUGUUGAUACUUUUAUAUACAUACAGUUUCACCAUAAAGGUUGUAAUCUUCUCCUGGCUUUAUGUCAGGUAGCUGCAGUGCAGGUCCUGGUAGCCCUUCUGUACCGUACCGUGCUGUACCGUACUGGACUGUAUUCUGGUGUUUGUAUUAACCUUUUGCAUGCGUGUAGCCUCAGUCAAGUGCAUGCAGACAGUGACCCUGCACUACCUCUUUUCUCCAUACUUGUGUUUGUGGGACGUAAAUUCCUGUGUCUCACUUAAACUUCUCUUCCUUUGUGCCUCUCACUCUUUUAGUAGCUGUGUUUCCAUCCAACUUAUGCUUCUUUCCCGUGCUUUAUUUAUUUAAUAUUAUAAUUUUUUAUUAAAUUUCUUUAAUUUUUGAAGUUCAAAAGGUUUGUUCUUAUAAUGGAAAGUUUUGUGCAUCACUUUAACCCAGACGACACACACUUUGUUUGUUGAAUACAACUCAAAAAUGUUUGAAUUACAAUCCCAUCGCCAGGCGUUUGAUUAAAUAGUCAAACGAAUCAGUUGCGUUUUGUGCUAACAAUAUGCUAGCCUUCCAUAAUAUUAGAAAUGUACCACAACAUCAUAACGCUAGCUUUUCUAUUUGAUGCUAGCAUUAAGAUGUUUACAAUGGAUACUCAUACAGGUAAAAAGAUAUAGGCUGAUGUCAGAUAGCCUCCAACAUUAGCUGAUUGUUUUGAGCUAGCCUACCGUCCGCAGCCAAACUGAACUGGACUGCUAGCAUGUGUUUGAUUCUUAAGUUGGUCGUACACACUGAUGUAUAUAUUGGUUACCUCUAGUCCAGGUUUUCAAAAUUAAUAAAGCGCUACAGCCUUGAACAGAUUCCCUUUUACAGCAACUUGCCAACAUCAGCUGACUCUUUUGUGAGCUAGCAUAGCCAAGCUAAACAGAACUGCUAGCAUUAUAGAUUUUUACUUUUCUCAUAUACGUAAGCAGAUUUUUUUUUUUGGGUUUUCCCCAAGUCCAGUUUUUCCAAAAUUAAUCCAAAUUUACGGCACUUGAAACACUUUUGAGCGACUCUAAAUUUUAUGUAGCAUUAUUGACUGUUGAAUGGAAAUGUAGCUACUGUCUUCAUAUUCAAGUCUCUUUUUUUUUUUUUUUUUUUUCCCUCCAAACUUCCUUGCUAAUCAUGGCCAAGGGGUUUCAUGUCGUUGUGUCCUCACGCCACUUUCCUCCCGCCAUGUUUUAACACCUCAGCAGCUGCUCUCAAACUAAAUGCUGUUUGAGCAACAAGAGCCCAGUGGUCAAAAAUGCAUAGAAAAUCUAAAUUAUCCCAUUGUGUGCGUUUGGUUUUCGUUUUUCCUUUUGGUACUUUGUGGCGAGCAUGUACGUGCGUUUUGCAGGUUUUUAUUACACCUUAUAGCUUUGAUACAACUUUGUACACAAGUUUUAAUAUUUGUAUUUGUAUGUGCCAUGGUCUGUGCGAGUCGUGAUCCACCGACAACGUCCGUUGAAUUAACACUGAUGUCUUCUAUUUUGGUUGCGAAUGUGGGUUGGAUGCGGUCCAAUUUGUGCUGUCAGCGAUGAAUGAGAAUAAAAGAUUGAAUGAAAUAACGUAAUAGCAGGUAAAUUAUAAAAAGGUUACCGAAGUAAUAUCUUUCCACACAGGUAUAAAGUACUUAAUAUUACUAAAAGUUUUAUUUAUGAGCUUGAUGAGUAUCAACACAAUGUUAAAAUGAGAAAUAUAAGAUAAAACUCCGAACAAAAUAUUUUUUUAAUUGGAUAAAUUCAAUCUUUUAGGCUUAAUACAACUUAAAUACAGAGUACAUUGGGAAAUUACCUAUUCAAAAAGCAAUUCCCCAAUCAGACCUGCAACAGUUGCCUCUGAAUCCCAAACUUAUGGCAUUUUCUCUCUCCCUCGUUCUCAUGUGCGGUCACUGUAGCAGUCUGACUGAACCAACUGUGUGUUUGGUAGCUUAGCUACAGCUGCUGUGUUCAAAGCUUAGCUGGACACCUCAUUAGGACAGCAGGUCAAAAUGACCAGCUCAUUACCGCAUCAGAUCCGGUGUAAAACAGAAGCACUAAACUGGAAACUGAUCCUGCACUGUGGGGUUUACUACGGGCUGCAUUGAUUGGAUGGGCAAAUGUGUUUCUGAUGUUCUCUCUGCGUAACUUCGACUACUGACUUGCCAUGUAAAACUGUGCCGGGUAGAGUUCAGGUAUUUUACUUAUUAUAAGUUCAACUCUAGUUUAAAAAGAAAGUGUCAGAGAAAGUUAGCCAGGACUGUAGAGCGGUAAGUGACCUGUUUCCUGACAGCCUGUCGGUGCUUCAUUUCAUUUGGAAAAUUGAAAUAAAUUGUCUAGGUGAUGCCGAGUAGGAUGGUAGCGCUCUAAUUUCCCCAAAGGUCGUAUUCCAAACAAUCGUGACCCUAAAUGUAAGCCCUGGUAUACAUCUAAGUCAAUAAAACAGGGAUAAAAAGAAUUGGCAGUGAGAAUAUUCUUUUUCCCAGUUGGUAACGACUGUUUUCAUCUCUUCUAACGUUUAAAGUACAAACAAGCUUCAGAGAUGACAUUUUUAGGGAUUUGUUUAGAUAUCUGAAGAUCACCUCAAGAUCUUUUACCUCUUUUAUAACUGAUCCAAACUUUGGAAAACCUGGAAAAAGGAAUAUAUGCUGGCAUUUUUUUUAUAUAUAUACAGAUUUUAGGGGCCCCAGUGGCCUUUUAUUGAAUAGUGUAAACAAGAAAUAGGGUGGAGAGAGAAGAGGAAGACAUGGAGCAAAUGGCCCAAGACUGGGAAUUGAACCCAGGACAACUCCAUCGAUUAGUACCGCCGCUGCACUUGGUACACGUGUUCUACCAACUGAGCCACCCAGAACCCUGAAUACACACUGCUUAAAGCGAUUCAUGUCCUAACCAACUAGUACAAGUUUUCACAAAAUGUUUGGGCGUGACGAAAUAUCGACAUUCCGAGGUUCCAUUUCUGUUGCCAAGCAAUCUAAAUCAUUUUAUUAUUAUUUCAUUAAAUAAUUAAUUGGCCACUUGGUGGCACUCAUGGACUCUAUGGUACACAACCAUACCAAGAUGGUCAGGCAGCCACUAGUUAACAUCACCACAUGGUGUGUGAUGUUUUAGUUAAUUUGUUUUUACAAAGCCAUGUAUACAAUCUCAUGUGUAAUUGACUACAUUAAUUAUGUCCUUCCAUAAAUAUUAUGACCAGAAGCCUGACUUUAAAUUUUAAUUUAAAAUUUGAUAUUUUGUAGAUCUGAAUGUUUUACACAUCGACUGGUGAUCAGGACGGAGAUUUUUCUCAGCCCUGAGUUCACAUGUGAAGCAAAUCUCUUCGGCUUUUAGUUCCUUUUGCUUAAUUUCUCAUGCUGUCUUUGUCUUUGGGCCUAUAUAUAUAUAUAUAUAUAUAUAUAUAUAUAUACAGUAUAUAUAUAUAUAUCGGUGGCACAGCUCAUUAAAUCUGCCUAUUCAUGAAGCCAGAAGUGUGUUUAUGAAAGUGUGCGUAUGCGUGCAUGUAAAUUACUCUGUGUGUGCGAGGCACAUUUAUAGGACUUUUUAUAUAUAUAUAUAUAUUAUUAUUAUACCAAGUGAAGUGUUAACACAAGUAAGAUUUUUGUUUACUACAGAUAUCCAAAUAAUAUGUUGUAUGCUUGUCAUAUCUUCUUAACGACGUGCACUACUAUGUUUGCAUGUACAGUUUUACAAGGGAUGCACCAGUUCCUUUUGUUGAAGACCGAGUGUUUUGAAAUCUACAGAUUACCUACAUGAAGGAUUAACUGUACAAAAUGGCCUUAAAUCUUUCGCUGACUCUCUUGGAAUUGUGCGAUGCCUUCUUCAGAAAACUGUUUUAUUGAAAACGAUUUGAUCCGUAUCUACUUUGUGUCGGUGUUUCUAUUGCUUUCUUGUGUUUUCUUUGCACAAAGUUCAGUUCUGGGAUUUAAAAAAAAAAAAAAGAAAGUCUAUAAAUCUAUAUAUCUUGUACUUUUUCUGAACCCGUGACUGAUCAGAUGAAGCAUGGCGAAGUACUGAUUGUCUGAUAAUACAUAGAUGACUAUUUCUGUAUUGAACUAUGGAUUUUUAAAUAAAUAUUCAUAUUAAACUCGGCUUGCUUUGCCUUUCAGUAAUCCGGAAGUGUUCAGUGAACAUCUUUUGCCGUUUACCUGCCGUUAUUGAAGUAACACGCACACAUCGAUGCAAAAGCACAUCAAUGGUGUAAGUUUGAUUUGUUGUGGUUCAGUUUUGCAAAAAAAUUCUCAUCUUUUAAGAAAUGCAUACUUCAUUUUUGCGAUUUGAUGCCCCGUCAGGCAAUAACACACAAAUAUGGCGUUAUUAUCUGAUGGGGGUUGAUGAAGUUCUUCGAAGCUCAGCAAGUACUUCCACAGCCGCUGAGAUUCAUUUUCCCAAUCCGAAUUGUUUUUGUCAUGUUUUUAUGACGCCCCCGACUUCUGAGCGGUGGGAAGUCGUUUUGCUGGUUCCAGGAUUUGAAUUUGCUCAUAAAGAUGCCAAACUUUUUAAAAUGUUGUAAAUGAUUUGGUUCAUCGUAGACGAGGCUUACUCCUCCAAAGUUCAGCCAAGUUGGCUGGAUUUCAGAGGACCUGUCGUUUACAGGGGAACCUGAUCUCUGCAUGCAAGAUGAAACGUUUUGAUAAUCGGCCUCGAGAUUUUAGAAUUUGUUAAAGGAGUAAUAAUUUGUAUUUUCCAGCCACAUGGUGCCAUUUUAUAGCACAAACAAGUAACUGUUACCUUCAGUUGUAAUGAAAAUGCUGCCAAAUGUGAUUUAAAAGGAAUGUGACUUUGUAAUUAAAUGCCUUGAAAUUG